AUGGCUGCUCAGGUGGAGGUUCAGACUGGGGAGGUGGGGAGGACGGUGGCGGGAGGACGACUUCACCUGAGUCCCCUGACUGACUCCAGCAAUAAGAGCCCCAUCGAGAUCCCUUCCAUCAACCAGUCCCAUAUCAUCACUCCAGAGCCGAACAAACCUGUCCCAGGACCAAAGCCACGGCUCACUCCUAAACCUUUUGCUGUGGAUAAAAACCCCACCAUUAAGCCCAUACUUGCCCCUAAGCCCCAAACCAAGCCCCGGCCAGAGUCCACACGCCUUGCUGGAUACAAACCAGAGCUUCCAAGCAGUCCAAAACCACAGCAACCAGUUGCCACUCUUAAACCCAGGCCAGUGUCAACCAAUCCCAAUCGUCCUGCCCCAACCUCCUUUAAAACUUCUAAUAAGUUGAACACGGGACAAACAACCAAGCCAGUAGUACAGCCAUUUAAACCAGCCCCUCCUCUUGACCCUGGAGACCCCAGCAAACCCACUCCUCCUGUGCCAGCAGAGAGGCAGAAACCUGGUGCAUCAAGCUUGGGCUAUUCCAAGAGCCUUAAAAAAGCCCCAGCUGCAGAGUGGUCUGGAACUACUAAAAAGGAAGAUGACAAGGACAAGAUGACAUCCAGCACAGGUGGGGCCUCCAUUACCAGAGCCAAGUCCAUGGGUUUUCUUUUAGAGGUAGGGCAGGAGGAAGAAGAAAAGGAAAAAGCUAAGCCUGAGACAGCUGUGCCACUGCGACCCCAGCCCAGAGGCUCUAGGCCUAGACCUGUAUCAGCCAUUUUCCUUGACAGCCCAACUAAGACAGAGGCACCAGUUCCUGCCCCUCGCUGGGUCGCGAGACGGCCACUUUCAGCUGAUCUUACAUCCAAGUUUGAGUCUAUCGGUCUUUCACUGCACUAUAAAAGUCCUAAAACAAACAGUAAAGAGAACACUCCAGAGGAGAUGCCAUUGCCACAGAAGAAAGAACAAGAGAAAACCCCUAAGAGUACUACAUCACAAAGUACAGAUGGUGUAACUAAGCAUGCCCUGUCAGACCAAAGCAACAAAAAGACAGAGGAAAUGACUGCGAAAGAGAUUGAUGAGGAUAAGCGUGGGGUUAGCAUCAAGUCACGAAUCAGUCUUCUCUUGGAUUCGUCCUCCACUCCUGGGACUGGUGCCCCAGGCCAAGGAUCAGAUCUUCACUCUCCGGUGCAGCUGGUCCCUGAAAAUGAACCAGCAGUUGGUGUUAAACAGCUCAUCAAGCAGCUGACAGAGGACACACCACCAACUCAGAGUCCUGUCAUGAAACCAGCACUCAAGCCCCGCCCCUUGCCCCUGGACCUGACUAAAAGGUUUUCAUCUGAGAGGUCGCCCGACCUUGGCAGUGUUUCCCUCAUUGAGACAACAGACCAUCAUGAGAUCAGCAAAGAUCCUCAGAGGAGGAAUGAAGAGUUAGCUCUUACCCCCAGUGACCACCGGACAUUUGUGGAUUUAAAAAAUUCCCAAGAGCAGCUCCAAAAGGCCUCCACCCCUGAAGGGCCUGAGGGAGGGCAGACAUUUGGUGCCACUACCAAGGAAAGUUGUGCCAGUGGUGAAGUACAGACAGUGCGAGCAUCUUUGUUUGAAAAUGUUGUGGAGAGGCACAGUGUGCUGAUGGUGGAUGAGGCCAAGCCUGUAAACAAGCCCAAGGAUUCGCUCAGCAGCCCAUCAGUUAAGAGAGGAAAUAGCGAGGAUGAGGGAACUCUGGUCACUGCCACCUACAAAGAACCUUUAUCUCCAUCAAGUCCUAUGCGGGUGUUACAUGCCUUUGACACAGUGCAGGCAAUCGAAGAGAACAGGGCAGUGAGUGAGAACGUACCAUCAGCUCAGUGGGAAGAUAAGGCCAUGACACUACGCUCCAGGCGCUCAGAAGGGAGCAGGCCGGUGGCUGAAAGGACUGGUUCAGCACAAGCAGACCCAGCUUUGGUGGCACCAGAACAGCAGCCACGAUAUCUGAGAGUUGGAGCUUUGCAGAAGUGGAACAAUACAGGCAUUGACCAAGAUGCAGGUGUGGAGAAAGGGAUGCUAAAGGAGCCACAAAGGGAAGGACAGGUGGCUGUAGAUGAAGACAGGCAAAGAGAGCAAGAGCAGGAGGAAGUGGCUGCAGCACCUAAACGUUUGAAAAUGCUGCAGCCAGAAGACCAGCAGAAACCAAGGGCAACCUACUUUGCUUUGACCGGACAAAUACAAGAGCCAGCCUCUCCUGUAGAUGCAGGAGCGAAUAUGAGGGACAUGACUGUGCCCUUUGAUAAUUUUACUCUUGAAAAACAAAGACAGCUUGAAAUGGAAAAACAAGCACAUUUAGAAUUUGCACGAAUGAAGGAGAGAGAUUUGCAAAGAGAAUUUGAAAGGCAAAGACAGAUAGCCUUUGACAAGGAGAAACAAGAGUUUGAGAAGAAACAACGUGCACUGGAAAGGCAGAAACAAAUAGAACUCGAAAAACAGAAACAGCAUGAAUUGGAGAGAGAGAAACAAAGAGAACUGGAAAGAGAAAAGCAACGGCAACUUGAGAAAGAAAAACGACGAGAAUUGGAUAGACAGAGAGAGAUUGAAAGAGAGAAACUGCGAGAGCAGGAAAAGGAGAGACAGCGUGAACAGGAGAGGCAAAGACAAAGGGAGGAAGAGAGGCAGAGAGAGCUGGACAAGGAGAGACAGCUGCUGGAAAUCCAAAAGGAGAAACAGAAAAUGGAGGCAUUGGAAAGGAUUAAAGAGUUAGAGAGACAGCAGCUCUUAGAGUUUCAAAAACAGAAACAGAGAGAAAUGGAGAGGCAGCAGAUAAUUGAGCUGGAGAAGCAGAGACUUAGAGAGAAGAUGGAGAGAGAGGAGGCUGAGAAAAUAAAACAGAUGGCACUAGAACAUGAAAUGUUAAGACUAAAAGAGAUUGACAGGGAAAGGGAAAGACAAAAGGAGAUGGAGAAGGAGCUUCAGAAAGAGAUGGAGAAGGAAAAGCAGAGAGAGCUGGAGAGACAGAGACAACUAGAUAUCGAGAGACAGGAAUUAGAAAACCAGAGGCUGAGACAACGAGAACUUGAGAAGGAAAGGCAGAGGAAGGAGGAGAUGGAGCGAAGACGGCUCUUGGAGCUUGAAAAGCAAAGGCAAGCAGAGAGACAGCAAAUUUUGGAGUUUGAGAAACGCAGACUGAGUGAGAAGAUGGAAAGAGAGGAGGCAGAGAAAAUGAGACAAAUAGCCAAACAGCAAGAAGCAGAGAGGCAGCGACUAAAAGAGAAGCAGGAGAGGGCGAGGUUGGAGGCAUCAUCUCUUAGGCCUAAAGUGGUGGAUCUGGACUCUGUGCUCAGAAAUGACCCAUUUCCCAAGGCUGCUUCUCAGCGCAGUGACCCUGCAACACGAUGGAAAGAGCCGUCUCUGAGAGCUGAAGAGUCUUACAAACCUGCCAUCCUUGACAUUGACGCUUUCUCAUCCCAAACCCAGCUCUCCUCCAGUAAAGACUUGUUUCCUGUUCCUAGUAUUCAGGGAGUAGACACUGGGUUUGGAGCUAGGUCACAGUCUACACCCGAGAGAGAUAUUAGCUGGAAGGUGCCACCACAGUCUUCAGUAGGUUUCUCAAGCCCAGUAUGGACAACAUCUCCUCAGGACCCGUGGGAGCUGCGGCCUGUUGAGAUGUCUGUGGACACCGCUGUAGCUGAACCCAGAAAACAUUCCAACAAAGUCAGUCCAGAGCAACUCCUCCUCAGGCAGGAGGAACGGUUCCUGGCUCCACAGGGGCGCUGGUCUGCCCUGCUGGACGAGCCACUUCACUUGGCCCCUUUUCCCGGCACAGAAUCCAAAGCUGGUGGCUCUCCUGGUGGAGUCUCCAGCAGCACUCCUGCAGAGCCAAUCUGGUUCCCCAGAGAGCCACAGCCUCCGGAAAGCAGGGUAGAGGCCCGAAGCCACAGGCGAUCACAGGGAUCCCAGGAGUUGAACAGGAUGCGGUCUCGCAGUGUGUCACGGCGAUCGACUCCUUCAAGCAGUGCUGUGGAGGGCAGCCUUUCCAGGAUGCGGAGUCGCAGCGCCCACAGAGAGCGGGACCUUGACAAGAGGGAGCUGUUGAAACAAAGUGUCAGUGGUGAAGAGGAGGGGAAUGAUUCAGAAACUCCGGUCCGUGAGACUGACAGUCAGUACGGGACCUGGGAGACAGGACUGCGCACUGAUGACAGCCUCACUCCUGCCACUCCCAGCUCAGAGAGCAACAUCAGCCCUUCACCAAGGAAGAAAACUCCCCCACACACGCCAGGUGAUCGUGCCUCACAGUUUGAAACUGACACUCUGGACGGCCUCGUUUCCCCAUCCUCAUCUGACAGCCAGCCACUCUCUUUCCCUGAUGCUCCGACCACUCUGUUAGACACCAGCGCUCUCCGCUCCAGAGCCCAGCUGGGGAAGAAACGAGCGCCACGGUCACGACCCAGCAGAGCCGCCCGUCAGAGUGCUGCGCUGCUAGAGGGAGAGGGAGGAACCACUGAGGACUGGCUUUACCGAGACUCCACAGAGGCAAAGGUUGAGAGUAAAGACGAUGACUCAGACUCUGAGGAGCAGGCCAGAGGAGCUGACGCCCAUCCUGCUGUUGCCUCCCCACCACAGAGGGUCGCCCUGUUCCCUGGGAUGGACCCUUCAGCUUUAAAGGCCCAGCUGAAAAAGAGGGGUGACUCUGACAAUCAAACUGAUGGACCUACUCCCUCUCCCUCCCAGCUUUCUCGCUCGCCUAAGUCCCCCUUCCUUCCCCGGGCAGCCCGUGUACUGCCCCCACCUGGUGGCAAAGAAAAUGGUGAGGAGGACUCACCCCAGUGGUUGAAAGAGCUGAAGUCCAAGAAGCGUUUGAGUCAAUAUGAAAGUGAGAGCUAAGGAAAUAAUGAGGUUGCCUUAACAGAUGAAUCUAUAUGAAACAGAAGCCUUAACGUUUGACCCAGAGAGCAGGAGAGGUGAAUCUACAGCUGCUGAUGUUUUUUU